GAUCCCGUAAAAGAGCUAGAGCAUGGUCGAGUUUCAGCUGCAGAAUUGGUGCAGGCAGUUCAUGAGAUGCUUUCUGCAGCUGGGAUCAAUAUGGAUGUGGAGAAGCAGUCCCUCUUGCAAACAACGUUAACCUUGAAAGAACAGCUGGAGGAGUCUCAGGCUGCACUCUUGCUUGAACAGGUCUGCUUUUUGUUAUCCUUUAAUAUACUUAUUACUAUCCUUUAAUAUACUAAGGUUACGUCCUACAGCUAAAUCUUUAGUGGAAUAAGCACAUUUAACUAAACUAAUCUGGGACAGAAAAAACUAGAUUGACCUCGAUACGCUGAAGCAACAUAAUUGACCUGAAGAACAAAAGGGGGGGGGGGG